AUGGUCAGCUCAGGAACCAUAGAGGGCAAUAGACUGGUCAGCUCAGGAACCCUACAGGAUAAUAGACUGGUCAGCUCAGGAACCCCACAGGAUAGUAGACUGGUCAGCUCAGGAACCCCACAGGAUAAUAGACUGGUAAGCUCCAGAACCCCACAGGAUGAUAGACUGGUCAGCUCAGGAACCCCACAGGAUGAUAAUAGACUGGUCAGGUCAGCAACCCCACAGGAUAAUAGACUGGUCAGCUCAGGAACGCCACAGGAUAAUAGAUUGGUCAGGUCAGGAACACCACAGGAUAAUAGACUGGUCAGCUCAGGAACCCCACAGGAUAAUAGACUGGUCAGGUCAGAAACCCCACAAGAUAAUAGACUGGUCAGCUCAGGAACCCUACAGGAUAGUAGACUGGUCAGCUCAGGAACCCCACAGGAUAAUAGACUGGUAAGCUCAGGAACCCCACAGGAUAGUAGACUGGUCAAAUCAGGAACCCCACAGGAUAAUAGACUAGUCAGCUCAGGAACCCUACAGGAUAGUAGACUGGUCAGGUCAGGAACCCCACAGGAUAAUAGACUGGUCAGCUCAGGAACCCCACAGGAUAGUAGACUGGUCAACUUAGGAGCCCUAGAGGAUAAUAGACUGGUAAGCUCAGGAACCCCACAGGAUAAUAGACUGGUCAGGUCAGGAAUCCCACAGGAUAAUAGACUGGUCAGCUCGGGAACUGAUCUUGCGAUUAUCAACUUGGAAUGCCUCUUCGUGGUUGAUAAAUGGUAUACUAAUUUCAGACCUGAUACUUAA